AUGAGCCGUUCUCUCAGCAAGCCAUCAGACUUUACUGGAGGUAUUGAACUGGAGAAAAUAAUUGCAUCCAAUCGUACUAAACCAUUGGUCAUUUUCAUUGAAGGUACUACUUCUAACGGCAAGGGACUCCUUCCUUUUGUUUCAAACGUCCCUAUAUCAGCACUUCCAGCCAAUACAGAUAUCUACCCAUCUGUUUUGAAAUACACACCACCAGAUCCCUCGACCACACCAAUUCCAGGUUCUUUACCUGGGUGGGUUAUCAAAGUUUUGUCUACCCAGAUGACAAUCACGGCUAGAAUCAAGUUCGCCAAUAAGCUGUCCACAAACCCACAAAACAAUGAGGCAGCGUUUGCUAAUGAAAUAGCAGAUUCCAUCACCAGGGUUGGCCGUAUUAGAAAACUCGGUCCAGCUGUCGACUUGGCUGCAAAGAGAGAGUUUCUUUCAGCUUGGUACAGAGGUCGUAGUAGUUGA